UGCAGCGGCGGCAGAGAGCGGUGCGGAUCCCCGUGUGUGUCGAUCUCCGGAGGCGGGGCGGACCGGAUAAUCUAGUCGGACCUUAAGUGGUGUGGAUCUCCAUCCAUCCGCCUAUACACACGCAUACACAUACAUUUUCACACAGACCGGACCAGGGCACUUUAACUCUCGGCUGGGACUCAGAUCUACUCACCACAGCCAUGAGUCACCGGGGGCAUCUUCUCCCUCCGAGGGAUGACUAUCACCAAUCAAUUCAACAGCCUUAGCUGACAAACAACAGAAGGAAUCCAUGUGGGGGAAAUGUGCCGAAAAAGAACCAGUUACCAGUUGGAGAGAGGGAGCAAAGAGGAGCAAAUGGAAAGGGAGCAGCAAGAAAGAGGAUGAGCGAGAGAAAGAAGGACCCGAGAGAUUCCUCAUGCUCAAUGGGAGCCCCCUCGCUCUGCUGAUUUAAAAAGAAUAAAGGGGACUUUGCCUAAAGAGGCCCAACAGGAUUUUGACUUCUCUUCAGUGUUUUGCCCUUUAGCGGCAGUCCUCCCUUUUGUCUCGCGAGGAGUUGUCAUGACAGUACUCUGAACGUAGAAAUAAGUUAUUUUUUCAUCCAUUUCACCCUGAAUCCAUCGCUGCUUUCUACCUAAAACAAUAAUUUGCCAUGGAGAAGACUUACUCACUAACUGCCCACUAUGAUGAGUUCCAGGAAGUAAAACAUGGAGGUCGGUACAGCAGUGACAUCCUAAGCAAUGGCAUGACCCUUCACCUGGGAGGCAGCCUGGACCGCCAUGUGGGGCGAAGCCGAGGAGGGACCUUGUCAAACGGUCGAAACAAAGAUCCAAGCAGCGCCAGCAGCAGUGGAGGGCUUCCUCGAUGGAGCCGGAGGGAGAUCUGUCUCCUCUCUGCACUGGUCUUUGCUGCAGGCAUGUGUGUUAUCUUGGGCAGCAUGCUGGCACUCAAGUACAUUUCCCUGGACGCCCAGCAGGACCCACAGUGCCGACAAGACUGCCAACGCAAACGCUCCCUGCUGCGCACGGCUCGCUUCGUUCAGUCCAAUAUUGACCCAACCAUCCAGCCCUGCCAGGACUUCUACUCCUUUGCCUGUGGCGGUUGGUUGAGGCGCCACGGCAUCCCAGAGGACAAGCUCAGCUAUGGCAUCAUCACGGCUAUAGGGGAGCACAACGAGGAGAAACUACAGCACCUCCUUCUGGAGCCAGUACGGAGGCGUGGGCCCGACUCGGCGGAGCGCAAGGUCAAGGAGUUCUACAGAUCUUGCGUCAACAUCCAGGAAAUCGACAAGCUUGGCUCUGACCCCAUGACAGAGGUGAUAGACAGCUGUGGGGGGUGGGACCUGGCGGGGGCUCCUCCGGGUGCUGCUGGGUGGGAGAGCGAAGGUGCACCUCAGAGACCGGACUUCGAUGAGCUAUUGUACAGGACACAGGGGGUGUACAGCACUGCCGUCUUUUUCUCCCUCACUGUCAAUGUGGAUGAUAAAAACUCUUCCAGGAACGCUAUCAGGGUUGAUCAGGAGGGGCUCACACUCCCGGAGAGAACCCUCUAUCUGGAAGAGGAUGAGGACAGUGUGAAGAUCCUGGCGGCGUACAAGGCCCUGAUGGAGCGCUUGCUGAGCAUGCUGGGAGCUCAAGAUCCCACACAGAAGUCCAAGGAGAUUAUACAGCUGGAGACUCGUCUGGCCAAUAUCACUGUGUCCGAAUAUGAUGACCAAAGAAAGGACAUCAGCACCAUGUACAACCGCAUCACCCUGAGGCAGCUACAGCGCAUCGCUCCUAGUAUUCACUGGAAACGGCUGCUGGACAAAAUCUUCCUCGAAAACCUCUCGGAGGACGAAGAGAUCGUGGUGCUGGCUACUGACUACUUACAGAAAGUCUCUGACAUCAUCAACACCACUUCAAAGAGGGUUCUCCAUAACUACAUGCUGUGGCGCAUUGUGGUAGCGCUGAGCGAACACCUGUCCACCGCCUUCCGCAGCAUCAUCCACGAGUUUUCUCGGGAGAUUGACGGCACAGAGCAGCAGCUGGAGCUGGGCCGGCUCUGCCUCACCCAGGCCAACAAACACUUUGGCAUGGCUCUGGGAGCCCUGUUCGUCCACCAGCACUUCUCCUCACAGAGCAAGGCUAAGGUACAGGAGCUGGUGGAGGACAUAAAACACUCCCUGGACCUCCGUCUGCAAGAGCUGGACUGGAUGGAUGAGGCCACCAAGGAGGCUGCCAGAGCAAAGCUGAAGCACAUGAUGGUGAUGACCGGGUACCCAGACUUCCUGCUCAAACCUGAGCUCAUAGAUCAGGAAUAUGCGUUUGUCGUGGAUGAGAAGACCUACUUCAAGAACAUCCUCAACAGCAUCAAGUUCAACAUUAAGCUGUCGGUCAAGAAGAUCCACGAAGAGGUGGACAAGAACGCGUGGCUUCUCCCCCCUCAGGCCCUUAAUGCCUACUACCUCCCUAACAAGAACCAAAUGGUCUUUCCUGCUGGCAUCCUUCAGCCCACUCUCUACAACCCUGAGUUCCCACAGUCUCUCAACUACGGAGGAAUAGGAGCUAUCAUUGGUCAUGAGCUAACACAUGGAUAUGAUGACUGGGUGAUGCAAUGGUUCAUGUCCCUAGGGGGCCAGUACGACCGCCAUGGCAACCUCAAACAGUGGUGGACGGAGGACUCCUACAGGAAGUUCCAAAGGAAAGCUGAGUGUAUCGUCAAGCUCUACGAUAACUUCAGUGUUUAUAACCAGAGGGUGAAUGGUCGUCUGACACUGGGGGAGAACAUAGCAGACAUGGGCGGGCUAAAGCUGUCGUACUUUGCGUACCAGAAGUGGGUGAGGGAACAUGGUCCCGAGAGGCCACUGCCUGGACUCAAAUACACUCACGAGCAGCUGCUCUUCAUUGCCUUUGCACAGAACUGGUGUAUGAAGAGAAGAUCUCAGUCCAUUUACUUGCAGCUGCUGACUGACAAACACGCGCCAGAGCACUACAGAGUGAUCGGCAGCGUCUCCCAGUUUGAUGAGUUUGCCCGUGUGUUCCACUGUGCCAAGGGUUCUCCAAUGAACCCUGUAGACAAAUGUUCCGUAUGGUGACCUCUCCACCCGGCCUGGCGACCAUGGGAUGACCUCCGUCUUCAUAGCCCACACCCACACAACCUGUCCUAUAUCACACAUUCAUCAGAGCUAACUUGAUGCUACAGAGCGCAUUACGCCUAUUGUUGCCUUUAAAAAGAUACAGGAAGGAAAUGUAUCUUUUCAGCAUUACAAAUAUGUUUUCAGUUUGAAAAGUUUACUGUCCAUUGUCCGCAUCUACCAAACUAAAGCAUGGGUCACAUGACCAUUGUUCUUGUACAUGAAUAUCAUUUGAUUACAUAUAUUUUUCUACUUUUAAAUUUAUUUUCAAAUCAUCUAUUUUUGUAUUUAAGCAUUUCUUUCAUUAUGCAUGUAACUCAUAUGCUAUUUGGUUUUCAAUCAAGCAACAUGUUUCCUCACUUGUUUCCCUUCUUUGUAGCAUCAACUGGAAAAACUAGAAAAGAACCAGAAAUCAGAAGUUUAAAGAUUGGUAGCAACAGUAACUUAAACGGGACAAGGAAUUUAAAAUGAAUUGGGAUCAGCAGUGUCCUGCCUGUCCAAAUGUUGGUGUCCGUUCAACUCGGUAAUGGAGUUCAAAUUGUUAGGCAAUGCUGCCCUCUCAUGGCUGCAGAGAGCAAUGGUGCCUGAUCCCCUGUCAUGACUUGUAUCGUUCACCCCCACUGGUCUUUGUUACUGUGAGUGUUUGUAAGGUUUUUAAGAUUUGUCAACUUUUUUUACAAAAACAAAACAAAAGGAGGUGGAUUCCAGGUUGAUGUUUUUCUCAGGAUUUGUAGCAAAGUGCAGCCGAACAGGGAGUCUCUAUAUCUACAUUCAACUCAAGUCUACACAGAGGAGCUGGUAUAUUUAUCAAACCGUAGGAUGAAAACUGAGAGGAGAGGAGCUUUUUCAUCGCUGGAAUUCACUGAACGGGCAACGACCUGACCCUGUUGGACGAGGUUGAUCCCAGAGCUCCUUUCUGCUGGAAGUGGAACAAACUCUGCUGUUGGAUUAUUCGCAUCUCGUGUUCCCAGAUCAAAUCUGCAUGCUCUUAUACGACCCGGGAAUCACGCGACAGGACAUAUGUUCACAGUUAAGUCGCCAAAUAACAGAAGCCAACUAUCCACAUGAUAAAGUGCAACUACAACAGAGGCAGGAUCAUACAUUUGUACAAAGUGAUAUAAAAAAAAUAACUUUUGUAUAAAGAAUCAGUUGGUAUAAAAAAAAUCAGAAUCUUUGUAUAGUCAAGAGGUAUAUCAGAUGUUAUGGUUGUAUAGUUUGUUUUGAUGAGAGUGCAUGUUUCCUCUCUUACCAACGUCAAAUCUGAUGGAUAUAAAUGGAGGACAUCACACACACACACACACACACACACACACACACAUAGGUCUGACAAUACAGCUGCUACUUCAUACAGCUGCUGCUAUCUCUCCCUCUCUGUUGGUCACUGUUUAAUGUUUGAAUAAAAACAAAGGAUCACUGUGA